GCCCCGAGAGCGCGCAUCACAGCUCUUACCCCGCCACCGCGCGGCGGUGUCAGAACAGAGAUGGCUCUCGACCCAGUGGUUACAGAGACCCCGGCUGCGAAGCCGGCGCCCCGCUACUUCACUUGGGACGAGGUGGCGCAGCGUUCCGGGCGCGGGAAGGAGCGGUGGCUCGUGAUUGAACGGAAGGUGUACAACAUCAGCGAGUUCAUCCUCCGGCACCCUGGGGGCUCCCGUGUCAUCAGCCACUACGCGGGGCAGGAUGCCACGGACGCCUUUACAGCUUUCCACAUCAAUAAGGGCCUUGUGAGGAAGUACAUGAACUCUCUCCUGAUUGGGGAACUGUCUCCGGAACAGCCCAGCUUUGAGCCCACGAAGAAUAAAGAGCUGACGGAUGAGUUCCGGGCGCUUCGGGCCUCCGUGGAGCACAUGGGGCUCAUGAAGGCCAACCGUACCUUCUUCCUGCUGUACCUGCUGCACAUCCUGCUGAUGGAUGCUGCUGCCUGGCUCACUCUUUGGCUCUUUGGGACGUCCUUCGUGCCCUUUCUCCUCUGUGCAGUGCUGCUCAGCGCAGGGCAGGCCCAGGCUGGCUGGCUACAGCAUGAUUUUGGACAUCUGUCUGUCUUCAGCACCUCUACAUGGAACCACCUGUUACAUCAUUUCGUGAUUGGCCACCUGAAGGGGGCCCCUGCCAGCUGGUGGAACCACUUGCACUUUCAGCAUCAUGCCAAGCCCAACUGCUUCCGCAAAGACCCUGAUAUCAACAUGCAUCCCCUCUUCUUUGCCUUGGGGAAGGUCCUGUCUGUGGAGCUUGGGAAACAGAAGAAAAAGUACAUGCCAUACAACCACCAGCACAAAUACUUCUUCCUGAUUGGGCCUCCAGCCUUGCUGCCUCUCUACUUCCAGUGGUAUAUUUUCUAUUUCGUUGUCCAGCGGAAGAAAUGGGUGGACUUGGCCUGGAUGGUCACCUUCUACGUCCGCAUCGCCCUCACUUACAUGCCACUGUUGGGACUGAAAGGCUUCCUGGGUCUUUUCUUUAUGGUCAGGUUCCUGGAAAGCAACUGGUUUGUAUGGGUGACACAGAUGAACCACAUCCCCAUGCAUAUUGAUCAUGAUCGCAACAGGGACUGGUUCACCACCCAGCUUCUGGCAACAUGCAACGUUCACAAGUCCUUCUUCAAUGACUGGUUCAGUGGACAUCUCAAUUUCCAGAUUGAACACCACCUCUUCCCCACGAUGCCUCGACACAACUACCACAAAGUGGCCCCCCUGGUGCAGUCCCUGUGUGUCAAGCACGGCAUCAAGUACCAGUGCAAGCCCCUGCUCUCGGCCUUUGCAGACAUCAUCCGCUCACUGAAGGAGUCGGGGCAACUCUGGCUGGAUGCCUAUCUCCACCACUAA